CGCACUUUGCACACAAAAUUUGACAAACAUGCGUCACAAAAUAAAUUCCACACAGCAAUUAAAAGAAGAAGAAGAAGACGAAACAAAAACAAAAACAUGCCAAAACUGUCAGAGUCACUUCCGGAAAAAAUCACAAAGAGACUAACGUGCCAACACAAAGAGGAGCGAAAAAACCCAAAUUUUCCUCCAAAUCCAAUUAAUUCAGAAGGACGAAGAAGUCAAAAAUUUUAUUGUCCUUCAACCCGGACACAUACAUCCAUCCACACAAUCAUUACAGGUGACGAGACAACACAGCUCACACACCAUUCACACAACAUAGAAUCAACAUCCACACAAUCAUUACAGGUGACGAGACAGCACAGCUCACACACCAUUCACACAACAUAGAAUCAACAUCCACACAAUCAUUACAGGUGACGAGACAACACAGCUCACACACCAUUCACACAACAUAGAAUCAACAUCCACACAAUCAUUACAGGUGACGAGACAACACAGCUCACACACCAUUCACACAACAUAGAAUCAACAUCCACACAAUCAUUACAGGUGACGAGACAGCACAGCUCACACACCAUUCACACAACAUAGAAUCAACAUCCACACAAUCAUUACAGGUGACACACAGCGCACACAACAGUCACACAACAGUCACACAACAUAGAUUCAAACUCCAUUCCACACACUCAUUACAGGUGACGAGACAACACAGCUCACACACCAUUCACACAACAUAGAAUCAACAUCCACACAAUCAUUACAGGUGACGAGACAGCACAGCUCACACACCAUUCACACAACAUAGAAUCAACAUCCACACAAUCAUUACAGGUGACGAGACAACACAGAUCACACACCAUUCACACAACAUAGAAUCAACAUCCACACAAUCAUUACAGGUGACGAGACAACACAGCUCACACACCAUUCACACAACAUAGAAUCAACAUCCACACAAUCAUUACAGGUGACGAGACAGCACAGCUCACACACCAUUCACACAACAUAGAAUCAACAUCCACACAAUCAUUACAGGUGACACACAGCGCACACAACAGUCACACAACAGUCACACAACAUAGAUUCAAACUCCAUUCCACACACUCAUUACAGGUGAGUGUAUAUUACACAUUUACCUUAACAUUUUAUGGUCCUCCGAGACCUUGGUCAACCAAUUUGAGUUGACUCGGAAGCAGCGCUAAAUGAUUACAGUCCUCGUUUAGAAAUUGCUCUGCCAAAUAUUUAAUAUCCCCCGAGUUCCUAGUUUUUUGCAAAGUAAGGGCAUAAUUCAUUCGACAUGCCUUUAGCGGAGAAGAGAAUCACCCUUAAAGGGCACCUCACAAGAAUCGAAGCAUAUGUGGAAAGGGUCACUACUGAGCAACAGGUGGUCACAGAGGUGGAUGUACAGGGGAAUCUUACCAAGCUUAAAGACAUUGAAGUACAGUUGCAGGUGGUGCAUGAGUCGUUAGUUGCAAGCAAGACAGCUAAGGAAAAUGAAGCAGAAGAGCACGCUCUUUUGCAGGCAAGAAUAGAGCGACUUACAUCUCAGCUGUUGCAAUUAUUGAGUCAAUGCGAAGACCCGGAGGAAGAUGAAGCUAAACAGGAGGGUCCACCGGUGACUAUCCAUGAACCACAACAAGGGCCCUCAGCAUUUCAUUCUAUUCCUGAAUCCCUUACGAAUAAACCCCUCUUUUCCACUUCGGACAAUGUUCCUUGGGAGCCCCAUGCGGGACCCUCCCGACUACAUACCCCAAUACCUCAAACCAUGCAACCGAACCUUAUUUCGCUGGGAGAAGUGCUCAAUCGUCUCGUUGAGUUUCAAGCGGGAGCGGAAAUGAGGAACACAAGACUCCUGGACAAAAUUGGAGAGGCACUUCUUAGUGGAACUCAAAAUCAUAACCACGCACUCCCAAGACUACCAACCCUUUCCCUUCCUGAGUUUUCUGGUGAAUAUACUGCAUGGCAGCAUUUCAAGGACAUGUUCACCACCAUGGUAGACAGAGACAGUAGACUAAGUCACGUCCAAAAAAUGCAAUACCUUAUGAUGUCGGUGAAGGGAACUGCCAAGCGACUGAUUGAGGAUUUGGCGGUGUCAGCAGACAAUUAUGCCGUUGCUUGGAACGUGCUUUUGUCACACUAUGAAGACCAGGCUGCCGUUGUUCACCACCAUGUCCAGAAGUUCUGCAAGAUGGCAACGGUUACCAAUCCAACCCCGGCAAGCUUCAUGGAACUUUAUACCACAGCAAAUUCAGUGCUGAACUCACUGGAUGCCAUGAGCGUGUCUAGCAGAGAUCCAUGGGUCAUCUAUUUGUUGCUUAACAAACUUGAUCAGGAGACGAAAGUCUUAUGGUCUCGCGAGAUAACCAGCAACUCUCCUACCAUUCCAGAAUUCAUGCAAUUCUUAAAAAACCGCAUGAAAUCCAUUGAACGAUGUCACCCAAUAGUGUCCAAGGGAACCUCAGCUCCAACUAGACCGAGUUCAACAGUACCAUUUGGCACCAGGGGGUCCAACAGCACAGUCAUGGCAUCCACAUCCGCCAAUUCCACCGCUCGAUGUCAUGCAUGCAACCAAACAGACCACAAGAUUUUUAGAUGUCCCAUAUUUACAACAAUGGCUCCCAACGACCGCCUAGAAUUGAUUCGCAGCAAUAAACUCUGCCGCAAAUGUCUCACAGAUACUCAUCAGAUCAAGGAAUGUACAUUUUUCGCAUGCAGGAAGUGUGCAGGACCUCAUAGUACGCUUCUUCAUGACGCAUUUGCGCUCGCUACUCCUCAACCAACAUUGAACACCGCAGCCGUAGCCACAGUUGAUCAAGUCGCCGAAGAUGACGACACACAAUCCCAGGGAUCUCAAACGCAUGAGAAUGUGGAGCAAUCAGCAGUGCUCGUUGGUUCGUCCACCUCCUCUAAGUCGGCCAGAAGAGUCUUCCUGGAGACGGCUGUAGUCAGAAUCCUCGAUAAACAUGGGAACCUGGUUCAGUGUAGAGCAUUACUGGACUCGGGUGCACAGGCAAACCUUUUGUCGCAAUCCUUUGCACAAAGACUGAAGCUGCCCUUCUCAGGCUCAGACACGGUGAUCGGUAGUGCAGGCGCAGGAACAACCCAAUCAAAAUAUGAAAUGAAAUGUGUGGUGAAGCCGCGAACCAAUCAGGAAGUUAGCUUCACACUGAUGUGUCAGAUUGUCCCAUCCAUCCUACAACAGAAGCUUCCUAAUUGGGAGGUUAACACCCAAGACAUUCCAAUCCCAGACGAACUGAUCCUGGCCGAUCCCGCAUGGCAUGUGCCACAGGGGAUUGACUUACUAAUAGGAAAUGAAUUCUACAAUGAUAUAUUAACCCACAAUAUAAUCCGUUUGGGCACCGGACUUCCGAUCAUGAAGGAAACCCAAUUUGGAUGGGUAAUUUCAGGAGCCCAUCGGAAUCAAAUGCCAGCUCAACAAACUGUAUGCAUGGCUGCCACUGUUUCAACACCAAGGGAGGUUCUAUAUGCAGGUUCUCCAACGGUACCUCGUCAGUCUCCCAGUCAAAACCAGCGUCAUCCAGUAAACCCCAGACGUCAAUCACAAGACCUGAAAGAUGAGAUUUCUCCACGUCUCCACGGGAAAGUGACCCCAAGGGUCAGAUCCAAUCUAAACAUUUCACAUCACCAAGUUAUUAGGAACCCACCUGCAGAAUACAAGACAAGGACGAUAGUCAACACCAACUGGAAGUCACAUGGCGCUCUCUCGUUCAAGCUGAGAAGCGCAAGGCACAGAUUGUUAGCAUUUGGAGACAUCAGCAUUGUGCGUGGUGACGCAAACUAUCAAGCAAUCAGCAGCGCAAGAUGGAACCAGAAAGAUGCACAAUCUCUGGGAGCUCGUUGGCAGGAAGAUAACUCCCCAUCAUCAGUCAUGAUGGUUGAGGGACUAUCGCCCUCAGCAUAGGCCCCCCCCCAGCAUGUUAACGCACUUUGCACACAAAAUUUGACAAACAUGCGUCACAAAAUAAAUUCCACACAGCAAUUAAAAGAAGAAGAAGAAGACGAAACAAAAACAAAAACAUGCCAAAACUGUCAGAGUCACUUCCGGAAAAAAUCACAAAGAGACUAACGUGCCAACACAAAGAGGAGCGAAAAAACCCAAAUUUUCCUCCAAAUCCAAUUAAUUCAGAAGGACGAAGAAGUCAAAAAUUUUAUUGUCCUUCAACCCGGACACAUACAUCCAUCCACACAAUCAUUACAGGUGACGAGACAACACAGCUCACACACCAUUCACACAACAUAGAAUCAACAUCCACACAAUCAUUACAGGUGACGAGACAGCACAGCUCACACACCAUUCACACAACAUAGAAUCAACAUCCACACAAUCAUUACAGGUGACGAGACAACACAGCUCACACACCAUUCACACAACAUAGAAUCAACAUCCACACAAUCAUUACAGGUGACGAGACAACACAGCUCACACACCAUUCACACAACAUAGAAUCAACAUCCACACAAUCAUUACAG